GUCAAAAACCCAACCAACCCAUCAUUAACAAAUGGCCUGGUUGCACUACAAACUAUACAGGCCCUAUGCCAUCUGUCUAGUUUUCUUGAUUUUAAUCAAUUUAUUGUUGUGGAUUUAUCCAGUCAUUGAUGCUGGUACAGUUUUUAGAUUCUGUCCUGGAUAUUGGUUAUUUGUCUUUUUAGUCACAGUGCCAUUCUUUUUGGCAUUCCCUGUUGUUAUCUAUUUAAUAUUUGCUAUUAAAUACUUUAAAAUUCCUGCUGUUGAACAAGCAGCACUUCCAUCCGAUGUUCAAGCUUCUAGAACAACUCUUGAAUAUUUAAAAAUUGUUGGUUAUGUUACUUUGGCAACAUUUGUCUUGUUGGCAACUUGUAUGUGUUUAAUUUUGACAGCAAUUGCAGCAGCAUAUCAUCAACAACAUGUUUCACUUGUGCAAGAAACCAUUUCCAUUUUGAGAGAUAUUGUUGUGAAGGGUGAUAAAAUUGUCAUUGAAAGAGAUUCUGAAGGUUUUUCACAUAUUACUGGAUCAGAUAUUGAAGAUGUUGCUUUCGGUUUAGGAUUUGCUCAUGCUCGUGAUAGAUUAUUCCAAAUGGAUUAUUAUAGAAGAAUUGCUAGAGGUCAAUUGAGUGAAAUUGUCGGAGACAGAGCUUUAUAUUGUGACAAGUAUAUGAGAACUUUGAGUUUAUAUAAUUAUGGUGUUUCUCAUUAUACUAAUUUAACUAGUGACACUCAAACUUUUGUUUCAAGAUAUGCAGCUGGUGUUAAUUAUUAUAAGGGAAGAUAUGGUUCUUCAAAUAAGGCCUUUGAAACCACUUUGGGUUCAUACGAUAUUGCUGAUUGGACUAUUUAUGAUUCAAUGGCUGUUUUAAAGUUGUGGCAAUUCAUUAACAGUGGUAAUGCUAAUAUGGAAAUUUUACGUUUCUAUUUGGCAACUGUUAAAGAAUUGAGUAUGGAUCGUGUUAUGGAUCUAGUUCCAAUGACUCCUUUGAAUUCUAGUUUUGCUUCUUUCACUCCUGUUGAAUUGGAUACUCCAGUUUCUUUGAGAAAUAUUUAUAGACAAACUGAACUCGAUAGUUUAACUCAAGACAGAUUGAAUAACAUCAAUGCUCAAUCAAAUAUUGGUGUUACUUCUCCUAAAUCAACUAGUACUUCCUAUACUGCUCCUAAAUUUGCCAGUGUUGAUGAUUUGCUCUUAUAUUUCGAUCCUCUCACAACAAUGCUCAAACAAAACAGUGAUUGGAUUGGUGCUGGUGGUUACUUAUUUGGUACUGCAUUGUCUGCUUCAUCUUCUGCCUAUGUUUCUUCAAAGGGUGAAGGUUUCAGAACUCAAGUUCCUAAUCCUGUCUAUGUUGCUAAACUCAAGUUCAAGACAACUGCCUCUACUUAUUCCUCAAUGGGACCAACUAUUCCAGGUAUUCCAGGUUUGAUUGAAGGUCGUUCCUCAAUUAACACCUUCACUACAUCAAAUAUGUAUGCUGACUGUAUGGAUUGGUACAUUAUUAAGGAUGAUGGUUCAUCAAAUAACUAUGCUGCUAAUGGAGCUACUCUUCCAUAUACUACCAGAACUGAAACUAUCAAUGUUAAGGGUGCAUCUGCUGUUACUAUCACUGUUCGUUCAACUGUUUAUGGUCCAAUCAUGACUGAUAUUCUUCCAGAUACUUUGAAGAAGAGCGGUGCUCAAUUGGCAUUAAAGUGGACAUCCCUCUCUGAUGUUGAUUUGACCAUGAAUUGGAUUACUCAAGCUUGGCAACAAACUACUUUGGCUACUUUCAAUACUUUGACUGUUAACAAUUUCCACAAUCCACCAAUGAACAUGUUGGUCAUGUUUACUGCUGCUUAUCCAGUUUACUUUGGUGUUGGUAGAUUCCCAAUUAGAGCAACUGGUCACUCUGGUUUGUUCCCUGCCUCAAAUAAUCAAGUCUGGACUGGUUACAAUGCUGCUCUUGUUAACUUUAGAGCUUUCAUUGCUCGUAAGGAUUACUUUGUCAGUGCAAACAACAAACCAGUUGGAUAUGGUUAUCGUUAUAACUUUGGUUAUGAUUUUGGUCACAGUUAUAGAGCUAGAAGAUUGAACGAUUUGAUUUCUCCAUACUAUGGUUCUACAACAACUCCAUUCCUUGAAGCUGAUCUUAAGAAGUUCAUUAAGGAUCAAGUUAACGUUUAUUUCUCUGAAGAUUUGAUGCCAUUGUUGACCAAGUCUGUCAAUUAUUACUCUGACAUUUCCUCUUCAUCAAUUGGUAAACUUUUGUUGGCAUGGGAUGGUAGUUUCACUUCAAGCUCAUCUGAAGCUCCAAUUGCUCAAAGAUGGUACUAUGAAUUGAGUAGAAUUGCUGCUUCUGAUACUGGUGUUGCUUAUUGGGACAAUCCAAUUUUCGUCAGAGAUGCCUUCUUGCCAAACUAUGUCUACUCUAAGAAUGGAACAACUGUCACUAGUGAAACUAUUUCAUCUGAUACUCAAAAUAGAAAUAUUCAAUCUUGUGUUUUGGCUUUGAGCACUAUCUAUGGUGUUACUGGUCAAGCUGCUGAUCAAACUGCUUGCGAUCUCUAUGCUGCUAAGGCAUUACAAAGUGUCAUUAAGAAGUAUGGUGAUCCAAAGUUGGGUAACAUUUAUGAAAAGAAGUUCUCUCACUACUUCUCUGAAGAUGGAAGUUACAGUUGUGCUUGUACUCGUUCUACAUACUCUGUUGCUGGUGGUGAAUUUACAAUUUAUCAAUCUGCUCCAGUUCGUCCAGAUAUUUCUACUUCAACUUCAUCUACCACUGGUCUCGAUGAAAACUACUCUCCAAGAUUCUACUCCAAUCAAGGAUUCUACUUCCAACAAUAUGCUGUAUUGGGUGCAAACAGUGUUGCAUCAAGUUCUUCGAUAAAACCAAAGAUUCUAGUACCAGGUGGUAUUACUGGUCACCAAUGGGAUAAGACAGUUUAUGAUACUUACUUGUAUAGAGUUCUCGAAGGUGGUGAAUAUCCAACUGCUCUUCUUGAAAAGUAUUCUGUCAGUUCUUCCCAAACACUUGUUCAAGUUACCUCAGUCUAAUCUUAAUGAUCUGUGUAAAUAUAGUUUUAUUAACACACUUUUAAAACACUUGUUAAAUUAUCAAUAAAUAUAUUAGUAUUAUUUUC